AUGUCCUCCGAAACUCCCCUCCUCGACCCUUCACUCUUCUCCCACCUCCAAGAGAAGCUCGACGAAGAGACCAGCGUCCGCGACAACCUCACUCAGAUAAUCCAGCGUCUCGAGCGCGCCGUCGCCACCGCUCAAGGCCUUCUCUCUCGUGUCCACUCUACUCCUCGCGCCCGCUAUCCUGCCUUGGUCUCCCAGGUUGAGGAUGCCAUCGAGGAAGAAGUCACUAUCGUGAAGGAACUUAGCGAGGUUGCUAGCCAGCACCCAUACUACAAAUACAACCAAAAGUGGGCGAGAACUGUUCAGAAUGCCAUCGGCACCGCUGUCUACACUGCCUGGCUCGGCGGUCUAGGCUCCGACUCGCAGCCAGCUUCUCUCGGCCGUCUCUUGACCCUCGAGCAGGUCGGCGCUGUUUUCCAGGUCCCUACAAACCUCAAGGACCGUGACGCCUUCCACUUCACCAUCGAGGAGUAUCUCCUCUCUCUGACGGACCUGACCAAUGAGCUCGCCCGUCUGGCUCCCAACGCUGUUACCCACGGAGAUUUUGAGCUUCCUCUCGUUAUUAGCGCGUUCAUCAAGGAUCUUUUCGCUGGGUUCCAGCUUCUCAACCUCAAGAACGACAUCCUCCGCAAGCGAGCCGAUGCCGUCAAGUAUGACGUCAAGAGGGUUGAGGACGUUGUCUACGAUUUGAGCCUGCGCGGGCUGGUCAAGCGACCGGGUGAAGGUGACACAGAGAUGGCCGCCGCCGAGUAA